ACACGUUACUGCUGGCACCGCGUACCUGGCAAAAAAGCCAGGGAACGACGCAUCAAAUAUUUGUCGAGGGCCAUCACGGAAAUUUUAAUCACCUUAUCAACAUAGUUUCUACCAUGAAUUCAUAGAGCUAAAAGACUGUUAUAUAUAUUUUUUUAUUGACUGGAGCCCAUUGAAUCUUGGCCUCUUAAGCCAGCGCGCAUAAUAAUGGGAAAUAUUCGAAAAACUCUAGUUUUUGUGCUGAGCGCGUUCGUUUUUGGUGUGUGCAUCUCAACUUCAAGCAAUACAUACGACAGCGAAGAAGAACGUGUGCAAGUGAAGAAGUGCUACAAGGAGUUGGGAUGCUUCGAGUCGGAAGGAUUCUUCCACGCACUGUACCGACCCGUCAACUUCUUUCCCGACAAGCGAGCUCUCAUCAACACCAUGUUCGCCUUCUUCUCGCGCAAGAACCCGAUCAAGGAGCAUCUGCUCAUGUGGUCAUCGCCCAUCAGUGACUACUUGAAGCUGCCUUUUAACGCCAGCAAUCCCACGAAGGUCAUCACGCACGGCUGGCUGGACGCGGUGUACUUCGGGCAAUGGAUGACGAAAAUGAAGAAUGCUUUGUUAUUGGCUGGCGACUACAACGUCAUCACCGUUGACUGGCGAGGCGGAAAUGGACUGCCUUAUGCGCAAGCCACAGCCAAUACACGGCUUGUAGGAGCUGAGAUAGCCGUUAUGAUUGAGAAGCUUCAGAAAGUGUUCAAAGCCAACGUGUCAACUUUCCACAUCAUGGGUCAUAGCCUGGGAGCCCACGUCGCCGGCUACGCGGGAGAGAGAAUACCCGGGCUUGGACGAAUAACCGGUUUGGAUCCAGCCGACCCGUACUUCCAGCACAUGCCUGCUUUCGUCCGCCUGGACCCGACUGACGCGAGCUUCGUGGACAUUCUCCACACCGACGGAGGGACAGUUCUCGAUCUGGUAAAGGGGGAAGGCCUCGGGAUGUACGAACCUACGGGACACCUGGAUUUCUACCCAAACGGCGGAAGUAAAAUGCCUGGAUGUUCCUUCGGAACGAGCAUAUCGUCCACCUUCAGCAAGGGCCUCAUGCAAGCCAUGCGCUCGGCGGUCGUGUGCAACCACGAGCGUGCCGUGACCUACUACCUGGAGACGGUGAGCGACCGGAGUUGCAAGUGGAUGGCCUUCGUCUGCCCCUCGUACCACAUGUACAAGCGAGGUCAGUGCUCGGACUGUGGCCAUGACGGCUCCCGCUGCGCGCGCAUGGGGUUCUACGCGGACCAAUGGAAACCCCGGAGCAACACGUCGGUGCGCAUGUACCUGCAGACCAUGAGCGUGUACCCGUACUGUGCUUUCCAGUAUUCUCUGAUAAUUGAGCUGUACAAGGAUGAUCAGACCGUCUCAGCGACAGGUUAUUUCACUCUCACCCUACACGGCGAAUCCAGGAGCGCCGACAUUCAGAUCAACAAAAAGCCGCUGACGCUGUACCCGAGGGCGCAGCACCCGUUUCUCGUGACGACCGACAAGAAUGUGGGCAAAAUCAUUCGGGCCUCUUUCUCGUACGAGAGCAACCGGUACCUGUUCUUCCGGACCAACCUGCAGCUGUGGAGAGUCCGAGUGUUGUCCAUGAACGACCGCGUGCUGAGGGAUGAAAAGAAGAAUAAGACGUUGGCCUUCUGCUACCACGACAAAGCUGGCAUUCCGCCUGGAGAAGGUGCUCAUUUGAUUCCGUGCUAACGCUUUCGCAAGACUCAAAAAAAGACAAACAGAGUGACGGCAAUACAGGAA